AUGGAGGUGAGCGGCGGAGACGCCCGUCCGCCCUCUUACCCCCCAGGCCUGAGGAAGGGACCUGAGCCGAAAGUCGCGUUACGUGGAGGUGCGAAUCGCUGCAGGAACCUCAGUGCCGAGGCCAGCAGUCGCGUGAUGUUGACUGGCUCCCCUUCCUUCUAUGAUUGCUACAAGUCGCAGAGUGAAGACAGUGUUGACCUAAGGCAGACCUAUGCUCCACUUUCUUCAUCAACAGAAUAUGCAAGUUCUGUAGAUUCUUCACUUUUCUAUGCACCAUGGUCUGUGUAUGGAGAUGAUAUUAAACAGCCCUCUAAUUCUCAGAUCAAUGUAAAGAACAGGAUUCAAACAGAAAGAAAUGACUAUGGUAGUGAAACAGACUUAUAUGGACUUGUGUCUAACAUUUUGGAAGAGCAAGAUAAAUCACAGCCAUGUUUCACUGAGGGGACCUGCUCCUCCAAUUUAAAGUCAGUUUGGCCAGUGAACACAAGCAGAUUUGCAGAUCACCAUGACCUCUUAACAGAAACCAAAAGGCCAAUAGAUACAGCCAUCUCUCAGCAAGCUUUUUAUACUAGUGAAUCUGUGUCAACAGUGGAGAAGCAGUACCUGCAUAAUAGUAAUCUGAUACCACAACAAAAGAUAGAUGAACUUUCUCAUGGAUUUACUGGUUUAGACCUUGAAGAACAAUGGAUGUACCCCUCACGAAGUGAUCAUUCUAACUGUUACAGUAUUCAGACAAAUGAUACAGCUAAGACGACAUUUCAAGAACAUCUGUCUAUCAAAAACUGUUUUACACCACACAUUGGUCUGUCUGACAUCAUGAAAGAAUCAGGAGUUGAUACCUACUCUUAUGGAAGAGAAAAAAUAUGUGCUAAAGGUCUUGAAGCACCAUUACAGCAAAAGAGGGCAGAGAUGUUUCUUUCCCAAUUUAAUAGAUACAAUGAAAAUGCAGAUUAUUGUAGAUACCCAGAAUAUGCUUAUCCUAAUAAGGCUAAGCUGAAUAAGUGUUCAAAUUUUAGUGUCCAAGAUAGUAAAAAAUUAGCCAGUGGCACACCUGAAACACCAACUGUAGAAGCAGACACCUACACAAAGUUAUUUCAGGUUAAACCAGCAAAUCAGAAAAAAAUGGAGGCAACAAUACCUGACCAGCAGAAUUUCACAUUUCCAAAAACUAUACCAUAUCUGCCAGAAAAACAGUUUGCAAAGGAAGCAUUUACUUCUGAUUUUGCCUUAAAAUCAGAAUAUGGACUAAAACCUCACACAGCUUGUCCAGCUAAUGAUCAUUUUGUUAAUGUCACAGAAAAGCAACAGUUUACUAAACCUGACCCCCCAAAUUCUGAGUAUUUUAGGUCAGUGAAUUUACUAGCAAACUCAGCAGCAUCUUCAGGUGGUAUCAACUUAAACAGACCAACUUGGAUGAAUAUCCAAACAAAAAAUAACACUCUUAUUCCUUAUCAAAAUCAAGGUAACUUGAUGAAAUUAAAUACUCAUUUAAGUGCAGCUUCAAAAGGUUCUAACCAUUCUUCAGAUUUCCUGCAACUAUCAUCUACAAAUUUAACAGCAAAUAGCAAUUUAUUUCAGAAGUAUUGCCAAGAAAACCCUUCAGCAUUUUCUAGUUGUGAUUUUGGUUAUAAUGGUGCAGAAAGAAUUCAAUCUGUCAGUCACAUGGAAGGACUGACAAAGACUGGAGAAGAAAAUCUCUUUGAAUCUGUUACUGAUAAAAAAAUAAAGCAGCCAAAUGGAUUUUGUGGUAACUAUUCAGCUCAGCAGUAUGGGACCAUUGAAAAUGUAAACAAACAUAAUUUUCAGGCUAUGCCCCAGAGUGGCCAUUAUGACCCUGAGGAAGGGCCAAAGCAUUUAGAUAGCUCAUCUCAAAAUACAUAUCAAGAUCUGUUGGAGUCACAGGGUCAUUUUAAUAGCCACAGACAGGGAAGUGGAGACAACAAUAUUAACAGCCGUGUGAAUCGCACACAGGUGUCAUGCUUUUCUAAUAAUUAUAUGAUGGGAGAUUUAAGGCACAAUCAGAGUUUUCAACAACUUGGUUCAAAUGGGUUUCCCCUAAGAUCCACACACCCACUUGGCCAUUCAGUUGUUCCACUGUUGGAUUCCUAUGAUUUGUCUUAUGAUGACUUAAGCCAUUUAUACCUAUAUUUUAAUGAUAUGAUGUAUGGUGAUAAUUCCUUUUCUGGUUUCGUGCCAACUUUUGGAUUUCAAAGACCAGUUAAAACCCGUAGUGGACCAGCCAGUGAACUUCAUAUUCGUCUAGAAGAGUGCUAUGAACAAUGGAGAGCAUUAGAAAAGGAGAGAAAAAAGACUGAAUUGGACCUUGCCAAAAAUUAUCCAGGGAAAAAGGUAUCGAGUACUAAUAAUACUCCAAUUCCAAGGCUGACCUCCAACCCAUCUAGAGUUGAUCGCUUAAUUGUGGAUGAACUUCGAGAACAAGCCAGAGUUGUGACUUUACUGGGCAAAAUGGAAAGGCUUCGAAGCUCUCCCCUUCAUGCCAGUAUCUCUACAGCUCUUGAUAGACACUUGGAGUCCGUUCACAUUGUACAGUCACGUAGAAAGGACGAAAUUGUUAAUGCUUCAAAUCGGCAAAAGCAAGGUGUUCCUAGAUGCCAAGAUGACAGAGAUGUUUUUGCCCUUGCUUCAGCAAUUAAAGAGAUGUGUGUGGCUACUCGGAAAGCACGCACUACCCUGUGGUGUGCACUGCAGAUGACCUUGCCCAAAACAGCCAGUACAGCUGGCCAAAGAGAUGUGGAAAAGGCUUUACAAGAUAUAGUAAACUGUGAAGAUAAAGUCCAUGAAAGCGUAAAUAGUAGCAAUCCAAUGAACCAGAGAGGUGAAGCAAACAAACAUUAA